GACGCAUCAGGCCCAUUACGCCACGCGUCUUCUCGACAGUUGCAACACGCUGACACUCAACUGAAAGCAACCCAACCAACUCAACCCACGGGGAAGCGCACGUCGACGCCUCACUUGCAUCCAGCAACAAAAUGAACAGUUCUCAGUUUGUAGCAUCAGCUGGUCUGCUUAGCUGUCUAGUUCUGUUCUCUCUCAUCCACACAUCUCAAAGUGCACCAUUCUCUUCAGGACACAAAGGCUACCUUUCGGAUAUGGAGAGUGAGCCUGACCCAGAGCUGAUGCUCGAAAUCCUCACACGGCUUGGACAGACCAUCAUCAGAGCAAAUGAUCUAGAAAACUCGAAACGUGGCCUGGACCUGGGUCUGAGCCGCGGCUUCUCCGGUUCGCAGGCCGCCAAACACCUGAUGGGCCUGGCUGCGGCCAACUACGCCGCAGGACCCGGAAGGAGGCGACGCGCCGCCCCCCUUCCACUUAACAUGGCCUAGACUCAUUCAACCCUCAACACAUUCCUCCCACCAACCCCUGGCUACCGGCUGCUUUUACCCUUCAAUCUCUAGUGGUUCUCAUUCGACCGAUUUCAAAUUAAUAUUAAAUUAUUGUUAGUUACUCCUUGAAUGUUCCAUUUUAAAACAUUGGUUACAGUCCGCAACCCUCCCUUCUUUUUAGCAGUUCUCAACAGUUUUGAAUAAUUAGAUGUAGUUAUUAGACAGAUUUGAAAUUAAUUUUUCAUUAUUGUUACUCCUCAAAAGGCCCAUUUUAAAACCCUGGUUACAGUCCGCAACCAUUCUUCCCUUAAGCGAUCCUUAACAGAUUUGGAUAAUUAGAUGGAAUUAUUGUUACUCCUCAUAGAUUGAGGAUUAUUUGAAAUACUGCUUUGGAAUGCAUAGCUUACUUGGAUAAAGUUAUCGUUACAAAUCAUUAAUAUUUAUUCGAAAUACAUUUUAGAAAUCUAGUUAUACUUAGAUCUUUUUAUUGAAUACAUUCAUAAAUUAUUGUUUUUUAAAACCUAUGAUUACCGGACGUAAAUUUCUUUCCGCUCUGUAAUGACUGUCAUUUGACAGUUUUGAAAUGGAUAUUUCUACGAAUUAUUUAAACACCCUGUACAUUCUCGUUGUUAAUAAGCUAUUUGAUGUUCACCUACAAAAAUACGGGACCUUUACUUCAAUACAUCGACAUGAAAUAGCUUUCAGCUAAUGUGAAGUACUGUACUGCUACAAAAUUAAAUAGUCUUGGCGCAAUUAUUUUUUCCAUAGAAUUAUUAUUUACGGUAAUUUGAAUAGAAAAAUGUUAAACAACUAUUGAAAAAUUGACUCGCAUACUAUACCUUAUGGGUCCUAGCUCUUCCAAAAUUUCUUAAUUGUCAAUGAAUUAAAAUUACUUCUUCAUUGAUGAGGGAGGGAUAAUUCAUUUUAAAAGACAGUUUUGUCACCGUAUAUCAAGUGGUGGAUUCAAGAUCUCCUCUUGAUUAGAAUCUAUGUUUAUCACACAUAAUAUUAUUCUAUUCAAAUACCUUCAACUUCUCGUAGAUCGUGUUCAAAACCAUUUUCCAGUGGUAAAAUCUAGUAUUCGUCUUCUUGAGCUAGCUUCUUAGCUUCUUAAGCUAAGGAUAAUUGAGAUGCUACUUAAAUUUAUCAACAAUAAAUUAUUUGAAAGUUCAAAUAUUAUGACAGUUUUAUGAGAAAUAACAGAGUAUUAUAAUUAAAUAAAAGAACACUUCAUCCAGGCUCUGCCCAGUUCAUUGUUCCUGAUUUCCUCUUGUUAUUCUUCAGAUUCCUAUCCUCAUCAUUUUAUCCAGGCCUUCAAGCCCUUCUUCAGUUGCCUAACCGUAUUACAAAAAUGUUUUGUCUCAAAACGAGUCUCAUAUAACGUUUUCUGUCAUCUGUACCCAAGAUCCUACAUGAUUCUACAUUUUUUUGAAGUGUACUUUUCAUUAAUAGACAAAAGUAACUAUCUUUGUCACAGAACUUGAUAGAAAGAUUACGUUCAAAUAUAAACACCCUUUCAUAAGAAUUCGGUUCAAUAAGAAAAAAUUAUUGGAGAGAGUUGACAUGCUUAUAACCCUAAAAUUCACAAGCUUUCAUUAUCCUAUUCUAUUAAAAAUUUUCACUAAAUGCUUUACUUCCCCAUCAAUAUUUUUUCCAUAUUUUUUAAUAGAUAAUUUAGACUCCUUUAAUGGCUGUGAUGUUCUAGUCUAUUUUCUCGAUGCUUAUUUUUUAUCAAUUUUUGUCAAUGAUCAAUUUGUUUUCGUUUCAUAUUGACCAAUAUUCUAGUCUUAUCAAUCACUGGAUGAAAUGAUAAUUCAUGUGAAUAUUGAAUAGAAUUUAAUACGAUUUUGUAAGAGUUAUUGUGAUUUAGUUUACAAACGUAUUAAUUGCAUGAUAUGUUACAAAUAAGAGUUUUAUUCAAUGUUAUUCUUAAUAUGGAUUUCUAGUUUGUAGCUUCUUGGAACUCUCGAACUCACCUAUUAUAAAAAGCAUCGCUUAUUUAUUUGAAAGCCAUUUUCACUCUGAUGUAAAAUAUUCAGCUCGAAGAAUAAACUGUUUUACUUAAAAAUUCGAAUAGAACCCUCAAUAGAACGGAGAUAAGUAUUUUUCUUGAGUAAUCCAUAAUACUCAUUUGCCAUCGAGGAUUUGUUUCAUUAGGGUUUAUAUUUCAAUUAUAAAUGAGAUUGAACUAUUGAGGAUUCCGUCUCCUUCUUUUUAUUUCGUGUUCGAUCCCUUCUCGGUUAUGAUAGUCUACAUGCUCUAUUCAAACUUCAAACCUAAAAUACUACUUUAAACGAAACAAUUCCUUGCUUAGACGUCUCAAUAUCAAGAAAUCACUGCUUGAAACCUUUUCCAGUUUUCCAAUAUAGCCUAUUCGUGUAGCUAGAAAUCAACCAAUAUAUUGAUAUUGAAUUAUAUUCCAAUAAUAUCUGUGCAUGAAAUGAUCUCAAAUCUGGUAGUAAAAUUAUGUACAUAUGAAAUCUAUUAGAGACAAACUUAUUUGAUAUUGUUCGGUCAAUUUAAUUGGAUGUAUAUGUUUAUUUUUUAUAGAUGUAAAAAUAAAACAAGACAAGAAAUGUGGUAGAACUUUUGUUUGAUACCUUUCUUCCCUGUAAGUUGUGUAAGAGCAAUUUUCCAAUGUUGUAUCACAAUGUAUCAUGAGCACUUCAUGGAAAUGUGUAUUCUCUACUAAUAGAGUCAAAUAUUGGAAAUAAAUGUUUUAGCUAGAGAGCA